AUGGGAGAUGAAAGGAGCGCAUCACUCACCGUGAGGGUGAGCGUGAAAAACGGUACUCAGAGCCCUGACGAGGCUCGGGAGUGCGAGGUGCUGGAGUCGGCCACCGAGCCUACGAUUGCCAUUGCAGCCAGGGACGUCGCGUUGACUGUCCAGGAAGCGACGGGUACGCACACUGUCUGCUAUGAUAGUGGCUAUCUGAACACGGUGAUGGCGCGGUCGAGCAUAACGUACAUAGAUGGCGAGCAGGGGAUUAUGCGGUACCGAGGAAUUCCAAUCGAGCAGCUCGCGGAGCAGAGCUCUUUCCUGGAAGUUGCAUUUUUAUUGAUUUUUGGGGACUUGCCGUCGAAGGGACAGUUGGACCAGUUCAGCAAACUUGUCGCUGAUCACUCAUUCCUGCACACGGACAUCUGUGAUUACAUGCGCUCAUUUCGUUACGAUGCGCACCCCAUGGGCAUUUUCAUUUCGUCGAUGGCGGCUCUUGCGACCACAAUUCCAGCGGGUGAUUUGCAGCAGCUCGAUAAACACAUAUAUCGCAUUCUGGGGCAAGCGAGUACUAUCGCUGCGAAUGCAUACCGGCAUCGGAUAGGUCGUGCGUUCAACGAGCCUCGCAUGGACCUCGGCUACACCGAGAAUUUUCUCUACAUGCUCGAUCGCCUCUCGGAGAGGGAUUAUAGGCCGCACCCUGCGAUCGUGCGCGCUCUCGACAUUCUCUGGAUCGUUCAUGCGGAUCACGAGCUGAACUGCUCGACAGCGUGUAUGCGUCAUUUGACGAGUGCGCGUGUUGAUCCGUACACCGCCAUCAGUGGCGCCGCAAGCGCGUUGUUCGGGCCGAGCCACGGCGGCGCCGCCGAAGCGGUUGUACGACAGCUCGAGCGCAUUCAGACGAUUGAGAACAUCGAGCCGUUUCUCGAGCGCGUGAAGGCGAAGGAGGAGCGCCUUUUUGGAUUCGGGCAUCGAGUGUACAAGUCGUUUGAUCCACGAGCUCGCAUUCUUAAAGAGCAGGUGGAGAAGAUUCUCGAGCUGGUCAAAGUCGAGGAGCCGCUCUUUCUUGUGGCUAAAGAGCUCGAACAACGUGCACUUCAGGAUGAAUACUUCCGAGCUCGUCGACUCUAUCCGAACGUAGAUUUUUACAGUGGUGUUAUUUAUCGGGCUUUGGGUUUCCCGACCGACUUUUACCCGCUUUUGUUCGCUAUACCGCGCAUCGCGGGAUGGCUCGCACAUAGCAGAGAGGCUCAGCUGGCCGAAGCCCAGCUCGAUGUUCGAGAGCAUACCCACGUGGUUCGUCCGGCGCAGGUGUACACGGGGUCUGCGCCUCGACCGUUUGUUUCGCUCGAGGCAGGCGAUCGCCCACCGUACCAAGGCAGGGAUAUUGAGUGCUAUCGAACGCGCUUAUCGACACGACGGCGCCUAGGACUGCUCUCUGAUUCGAGCGCAUCUGAGCAUACGCAGCAUACGCAUGCGAGGGUGUAA